AGGUCCUUUGAAAGCCACUGAAAAAAGCUGUCUGUCUGCAGUUAAGAUGACAGUGAUGUGGCAGCUCUUGCUCCUGUGGUGGGCAUGGAGUCCUCUGUGUCUGUCAUCAAGCUUCAUUGGUACACCACAACAGUGUCAGAAGGCUCAAUUCGUCCCUGGUUACAAUCUGGGUGGGGAAGGCUUCGACAUCGUCAAGAUGCAACGGAAAGGUGCCUAUGUCAUCGACACUGAAACAUGGAAACUUGACAAUGGUGCUUGCAGGCUAUACCGUAACCGCUACAUGAACAAUGAGAACCAGAAGGUCCCCAUUGCUGUAGAGGAUUGGACAAGCCUCCCACAGUGCAGUUUAAGAGUCUCCAGUAUUGAUUAUGACUCCGUUGAAGCUUUUGUCAAUGAUUCCACCUCAGCUGUGACCAAUGAUUGGGAAACUGACCUUAAUUUUAAGGUAAAACCCAGCAACGUCUUUGAGCCGAUCCAUGGAGGUUCCCAUUCUAAAGAAUCAACCUUUGCCAUGGGAAAGUCAAAAGAAGACCACUAUAGCUUCUUCCGCCAUUCUGUUGACUGUAACUUCUACCGCUACAGACUGGCAGCAAAACCUCCCCUGAGUUCUGAGUUUGAAUCAGCCGUCAGCUCCCUUCCUUCAUAUUCAAGUAAAACAGAGCCAUUAUACCGCAAUCUAAUUAAUAGAUUUGGCACACAUUACAUCACACAAGUGUCUCUGGGAGGGGAAAUAAAGACAGUCACUGCUCUUAGGACAUGCCAGGCAACCAUGAAUGGACUGUCGGAGACAGAGGUCAAAGAUUGUUUGUCAGUUGAGGCCUCGGCUGCGUUUGCACAUCCUAACAGCAAUAAGCCAAUGAUACAACACUGUGAGGCAAAGAAGAAGAAGCUCUCUAUCCCAAGUUUCAGCAGCAUGUUUAAUGAGCGUACAACAGAGGUAAUUGGUGGAAACCUAGUUGGAGAUGAUGUCCUCUUUCAAGGGCAGUCAGGCCCCUCUGUCUAUAAUACCUGGCUUAACUCACUGAAAGAAACGCCUGAUGUGGUCCGCUACAACAUAAAGCCUCUGCACACCAUACUGCCAAGUGGUCAUCCAGCCAGUGCCGGACUGAAGCAAGAGGUGGAGAAGUACAUCAAGAAAAAUGCAGUGUUGAAAAAAUGCUCAGAGACAUGUCAAAUUGGGCACAGAUCUAACAAAAGGGAUCCUUGUGCUUGUGUUUGUAACAAUAAUCAGAAUGUGAAGUCAAACUGCUGUGCUACUGGGAAAGGUCUUGCAACAUUAACAGUUUACAAUCUGCAUGCAGAAGGACUGUAUGGUGAUGUGACGACUCAGACAGAUGCUUUAGUGGAGGUUAAAUGUGGUGACCGGGUACAGCGCACUGUCGUUAUUCCAAACGAUGAUAAUCCUAGGUGGACAGAGACGUUUGUGUUUCACGACAUCAGCAUGGACAGCAAGCUUAGAUUCAGUGUUUAUGAUGAGGAUUCUUCCUCGAACAAUGAUCUGCUUGGCAAGUGCUCCACUUAUCUGCAUAAGGGGAAGGUGAGUGACAGCUGCACAUUAAAUCAUGGCAAUCUCUUCUUUACGUAUAAAGUAGUGUGUGCGCCAAGCCUUGGUGGUAACCAGUGUCAGGAGUACAUACCCUCCCCUCUGAAUUCCACCCUGGCCAAGGUCUUCUACACCAGAAAUGGGGUCCUUCUUGGAGAGACAGGGAAGCAGCGUGCUAAAUCUCUCAAGUUUAGGCCAGCUGUUGAGCUGAAGUGA